AGCAAUAUGGCACUUUAAAGUUCAGAGUUGCUGGACACACAGAAAGCAAGCCACCUUUAAAGGCUCCUCUUGCUUGCUUUCACUCCUUCCUAAUUUGUCAUUCACUUUCCUGAGUUAUAUUGCAAUCCUUUCACAGUUUUCUUUCUCCUCAUUUCAGAUCUUUACAACUGUUUGCUCAUAAAUCUCGAUGGCUCUUGUGACCUGCAAAGGAGCCUCAUCUUCUUCUUUUACCCACCAACUCAAGAAGUUUGAUGUCUUCUUGAGUUUUAGAGGUGAAGAUACCCGUUUCAGUUUUAUAAGCCAUUUGUAUGAUGCUUUGUGUUCGAGGGGUAUUCACACUUUCAUUGAUGAUAAGCUUCCAAGGGGAGAAGAAAUUUCUACAGAGCUUCUCAAAACCAUUGAGAACUCAAUGAUAUCAAUAAUUGUAUUUUCUGAAAAUUAUGCAUCUUCCGCUUGGUGUUUGGAUGAGCUUGCCAAGAUUGUUGAGUGCAAAAAGAAUGACCAAUUGGUGCGACCGGUUUUUUACAAGGUGGAUCCAUCAGAAAUUCGUAACCAAAAUGGAAAGUUCGGAGAAGCCCUAGCCAAACAUGAAAGAAAACUUAAGGAUAGCAAGAAAGUAGAAAGAUGGAGAAAAGCUCUCCAUGAAACUGCUAAUAUAUCUGGUUGGCAUUACAGGCACAGUUGCAACGAGUCCAAAUUUAUCCAACGAAUUGUUGAAGAGAUCUCAAAUUCUAAAUUUAAUCGAACACCAUUAUUUGUUGCACGAUACCCUGUUGGAAUAAAUUAUCGUGUAAAGACCAUUCUUUUAGAUAUUGAGUCAAAUGAUGGUCAUAUAAUAUGUAUCAAUGGCACUGGUGGAAUAGGUAAGACAACAAUCGCAAAAGCUAUUUUUAAUAGAAUUUGUGAUCAUUUUGAUGGAUUUUGUUGUCUAGAAAAUUUAAGAGAAAGAUCGGGGACAAAUGCUGGUGUAAUUGAAUUACAAGAGACACUUCUUUGUGAAAUUUUAGGGGAUAGAAAUUUAAAGGUGGGUAGCAAAUCUAAAGGUGUCAAUAUGAUAAAGGAAAGACUUUCAUCUAUGAGGAUUCUUUUAGUUCUUGAUGAUGUGGAUAAAUGGAUCCAAAUAGAAAAUUUGCUUGGAAGAUGUGAUUGGUUUGCUUCUGGAAGCAAAAUCAUUAUAACAACAAGAGACAAACACUUGACAGCUACACUUGGAAAUUGUUGUUCAACCCACUCGAUUAAGGAAUUAGAUCAAGAUGAAGCCCUUGAACUUUUUAGUAUGCACGCCUUCCAAAGCAACAAACCCAAAGAUGAUUAUUUGGAACUUGCAGACAAAGUUAUACAACAUGUCAAGGGAUUGCCAUUGGCUCUAGUAAUAAUUGGUGCUGAUUUGUAUGGAAGAACAAAACCCGAAUGGAGAAGUGCAGUAGAAAAGUAUGAAAGAAUUCCUAAUGAAGACAUUACAAAAAUACUCGAAAUAAGUUAUGAAGGAUUGGAUAAAAGUGAAAAAGAUAUUUUCCUUGAUAUUGCAUGCUUCUUUGAGGGAUUUCUUAGGGAGUAUGUCAUUGAUAUACUGAAUGCUUGCAAUUUAUAUCCAAUUUAUGGAAUUCGAAGACUUAUCGAUAAGUGCCUAAUAACAGUUGGUCAAUAUGAUAAAUUGUUGAUGCAUAACUUGCUACAACAAAUGGGUAGGGACAUUGUUCAACGGGAAUCGCCGGACUUGCCUGGAAAUCGCAGUAGGCUAUGGUGUUAUAAGGAUGUUCAUAAAGUACUAACACAAAAUACGGGAUCGGAAAAAAUUCGAGGCAUAAGGAUAUGCUCACCUAAGCCAUCAAAGAUGAAAUUGGAACCUACAUGUCUUGAAAAGAUGAAAAAUCUCAAAUUCCUCAUAGUUAGUAAUGUAGAUAUUUGUAGAGGUCUCAAAUAUCUUCCUAACGAAUUAAGGGUUCUUGAUUGGUCCGGAUUUCCUUUAUUUUCCUUACCACCUAAUUUUGAUCCUCAAAAUCUCAUUGCACUGAACAUGCCAGAAAGUCGAGUUACAUUGGACAAGCUUUUCAAGAGGAUACAAUGCAAAAGCUUGACAUAUAUGAAUUUCAAUUUCAAUCAAUACAUUAGGGAAUUACCCGACUUAUUGAGUGCCACCCCAAAUGUAAAGAAAUUGGAUCUCCAAAGUUGUGAAAAAUUAGUCAAGAUUCAUGACUCUGUUGGAUAUCUUGAUAAACUGGAAAGUUUGGACCUCUGGGGUUGCGAUGAACUUGAAAUUCUUCCAAGUUGUAUCGUGAUGAAAUCUCUUAAAUAUUUACAUCUUUUAGAUUGCAAAAGGGUCAAGAGGUUCCCUGAUAUUCCACAAGAAAUGGAAAAUUUAAAGUUUCUUAGUCUGAGAGACACUGCCAUUAGAGAGCUUCCUCCAUCAAUUGGGAAUCUCACUGGGCUUGAGCGAUUAGACAUAGGUUCCAGUUUCUAUUCGUGUCAGCUUCCUAGUAGCAUUUAUAAAUUGCAACAACUUCGCCAGCUCUUGCUUUAUGGUAAUGUCAAAUUUCCAAAGGACAUGGGGUUUGGUAGAAAAGCUACAGCAUGCAAUUCUUACGGUGGCUUUUCAAAAUAUUGUUUUCCAAAGUUGAAUUUUCUAAAAAAGUUGACUUCUUGCUUCACCCACUCAGAGAAAUGUUUAUUAUCAGGGAGUAAAGAUUUGAACCUCAGAGAAAGCAUUAUCAGAUUCAAUAGAUUAAAUUAUCUUGUAAUUCAGGAUUCCAAGUUCCUUAAGAAAAUUCCAAAGCUUCCAGAAAGUAUAAGAGCAGUAGAUGCAACAAACUGCAUCUCGUUGAAUUCAGAAUCAUUAAGAAAAUUAAUCCUUCAGUUUGGAAGAAUUUUAGGGCUUUCACCAAAUAUGAAAUGUUCAGGUGUGAAACACAAAGUAUUAAUGGAUUCGCAUUCACAUCGCAAUUUAUCGAAUCAGAUUGAUUGCUCUUCCCGGGUCUCCCUCUCCAAGCUCAACGCAAUUCAAGAUGAGUCCUUUCCCACUCUAGAUGCGUAUCUGGGUGAUUAUGGAGAGAUAUAUGAUAUUACAGUACCAGGAAAGAAGAUUCCGAAUUGGAUCAAUCAUCAAAGCAUUGAAAGUUCCAUAUCAUUCUGGGUUGGUCCUGAGUUUCCAUCAAUUGUUGUUUGUGUUGCUCUUCAUCUAAUUCCGUUGAAGGACAGUUACGCUAAUAACGAUAAGUAUGGUUCUAUUCGUGAUGAUUUAAUUGAUUGUGUUUGUAAUAUCCACAUUUCUACCAAUAGUCGUAAGCGACGUCUCGUGACUUGGGAGCGUCUUUAUGCUUUGAAGUGUGAUCAUCUGUGGUUUCGCGGAGAACCUCACAGCCGAUUACAGAGGAGAUUCGGAGACUUGAUGCAAGGUGAUCGGAAUCAUGUUGAGAUUUCAUGUAAAAUCGCUCACUGGGUAAGUAGAAACGGAAAAUACGCUCCUGUGAUUGCAAGGAUGGGAGUACAUGUGGAAUGCGUAUGUCCUCCUCAGAAUUCCGUUAUCAUCCAACACAAUUCUCAAAAUAUUGAUGACGACACAGAGCUGCUCGCACCUUUACUAUCUCAAAAUGGUUCACAUACGGACUCAGACGCAGGUGACACUUCAAGCUCCUCUAGUCCCUGAAGACAUCUGAUUCAAGGCGUCCAGUGGAUAUAGCAAAUGGGCUUGACUUAUGUUUGGGUAUUGACUCAGCAGAUGGUAAUGGGUUUGAUUUGGGUUCUUCUUCAAUAGCCAAUCCCUUUAUAAAAAGAUGACUCCAUUUUCAAUCUGUAUCCACCGUCAAAGAAACCGAGUCCGAUGCGAAGAAAUAUGCCCAGAUAUCAUUACAGGGCAAGAUGGACUUCAGCUUAUGUCUCCACUCUGCACUGUGAAAUUCUCAGUUCUUUUGAACAGAUCCCCAACUUUCAUUUUCAGCAUUACAGGUUAUUCACACUUCUCUACGGACCUAUCAUCAUCUUGUGGGGAUGUACAACUGAGCUAAGCUAUCUUAGUUGUCUGCUUCUUUGCUUUGAGGCUCCCAUAUUAAAAAUGAAAAUGGGUUCAAGUGACUUCGUUUUGGUGGGAGAGUACUGGGUGGUCUUCAAGGCUAUAAGCGCAUAUUUCAACAUUGAAGACCCAGAUCUGAUGAUUGAUAUGGUUACAGGGCAAGAUGGACUUCUGCUUAUGUCAACACUUUCCACUGAGAAAUUCUUAGUUCUUGUGAACAGACCCCCAACUGGCAUCUUCAGCAUGAUAGGGGUUUGAGUAAAGGGGAUUGUAGGAGCAACAUGAGGCAUCUAAUUCAGAUUCCAGGUGGGAAAGGGAAUGGAGAUUCUCUAUGGACCUAUUAUCAUCUUGUGGGGAUGUACAACUGGGCUAAGCUAUCUUAGUUGUCUACUUAUUUGCUUUAAGACUCCCAAAUUACAAAAUGAAAAUGGGUUCAACUGACUUCGUUUUGGUGGGAGAGUACUGGGAAGUGUUCAAGGCUAUAAGGAAUAAAGUUGGUGAUGGAUUCGUGGCCGAGGCUUAGAUUGAAAUGGUCAGACUGUUCAAUGGGAAAUUUGGUCUCACCAUCACAAAGAUACUCUGAGGCAUAGAUACAAACAUUUGAGGAGGCAAUGUAAUGAUACAAAGGUUCUUCUUGAACAGAUAGGGUUGUCUUGAGAUCAAGAGAAAUGGUGACCUCUGAGAUUAUGUCUAAGAUUCUUAUACCUAGGUACUCAAGUGCUUAUGAAACAACUCAGGCUUUGCAAUCUCAAGACCAGAGAGGCCUGUUAGAGUGUGCACACCUCUUGAUAGUUGCCAGUUGAUGAUUACCACUAAACAGUUUUGUGGUCAAAUCACAAGAAGGGGGGAAAAAAAGACUGCUAAGAUGUUUGGCAAUCAAAAAAAUUAUAUUGGAAGAAGCCUAAAGGAUUGUCUCACCUUGUCCUCUUGAUUUCAAGUCAUAUAUUGGAAGACUAGGAGUGAUUGUGGAAGACACUUCUGACUAGCUUAAGCAGGGGGUAUAAGUGUUUUUCUGUUCAUAACAACGUAUUUACUGAGUCGUUUUACCAGCCCCUUUCGUUGUAUUAAUGCAAAAAUUAUUUGUAUGCCCAUUGUCCAUUCUAGUUCAAUGUACUUUUUUUUGGUGGGUUGGGCUUAUGCUUAUAAACUUCAACCCAAGAAGAAAAAAGCCCACGAAUCUCCCUUGAAAGACACUGUUUGACACUAAUUUACUUUUAUAACACUCUAAAGUUGUAAAUGGUCAAAAGAUUCGUAUCAAAUUACUCAUUUCAAGGUUGAUUUUGA